AUGAACAGACCCAUCCAGGUGAAGCCAGCAGACAGCGAGAGUCGAGGAGAAGACAGAAAGCUCUUUGUGGGCAUGCUCAACAAGCAACAGUCCGAAGACGACGUGCGGCGUCUCUUCGAGUCCUUUGGCAGCAUCGAGGAGUGCACCAUCCUUAGAGGUCCUGACGGGAACAGCAAAGGCUGCGCUUUUGUAAAAUACUCAUCUCACGCUGAAGCCCAGGCGGCCAUCGGAGCUCUCCAUGGCAGCCAGACCAUGCCGGGUGCGUCGUCCAGUCUGGUGGUGAAGUUUGCAGACACAGACAAGGAGCGCACCAUAAGGCGCAUGCAGCAGAUGGCAGGUCAGAUGGGCAUCUUCAACCCCAUGGCUCUGCAGUUUGGAGCCUACGGUGCUUAUGCUCAGGUGCAGCAACAGGCCGCCUUGAUGGCAUCAGUGGGCCAGGGGGGCUACCUCAGCCCUAUGGCCGCCUUCGCAGCCGCCCAGAUGCAGCACAUGGCCACCAUCAAUGGCCUCCCUGGAGCACCACUCACGCCCACGUCAGGUGGCAGCACCCCUCCAGGCAUCAGCGCCCCCACGGUGACCAGCAUCCCCUCCCCCAUCAGCGUCAAUGGUUUCACUGGCAUGGCGCCCCCACAAGCAAACGGGCAGCCCCCCGCAGAGGCCGUCUUCACCAACGGGAUACACCAUUACCCCGUGUUGCAGGAAGUGGUUUUUCGGGAGGAUUCUGAGAAAAACGGGCUGGGUGUCGCUCCGAGGAGUUGUUUCGGAGUUCAGGGUGGCUGCUUCCUGUCUUCUCUAUCUGAAGCUCAAAGUCCGACUGCAGCUGAUCCUCUCCAGCAGGCGUAUGCAGGAGUGCAGCAGUAUGCAGCAGCCUACCCCGCCGCAUACGGCCAGAUCAGCCAGGCCUUCCCCCACGCUCCCACCAUCAUCCCCCAGCAGCAGCGAGAAGGCCCAGAAGGUUGCAACCUGUUCAUCUACCACCUCCCUCAGGAGUUUGGGGAUGGAGAACUGAUGCAGAUGUUCCUGCCAUUCGGUAAUGUCAUCUCCUCCAAAGUGUUUGUGGAUCGGGCGACAAACCAAAGUAAAUGCUUUGGCUUCGUGAGCUUCGAUAACCCAGGCAGUGCCCAAGCUGCCAUCCAGUCCAUGAACGGCUUCCAGAUCGGCAUGAAAAGACUCAAGGUGCAGCUGAAGAGGCCGAAGGACGCGAACCGGCCCUACUAGCCCCCGGCCAGCCGCCAUGUCGCACACAGGUUUUGUAGAGCUGAAUCAUAUGUUGACUAUUUGCCACCCGCUACAGAACGCAAACUCAACAUCUGAGACGCUGAGGCUGCUUUCGGAAGGGGAGGACAUCGAGGGAGAGAGAGAGAGAGAGAGAGAGAGAGAGAGACAGCGAUGUCAGAGUCAUGGAAAAUUCCUUUUGGAUGUACUGAAAAAAAACUUUGGAACUCAGAGAGAAUUUGUACCACCUUGGUUUGCCCGUGGACUUGUUCUUCUGCACAUGUACACACCUCCUUCCUCCUGGAACCCUGCUUGGAUGACAGCUACUCCACCUUUUUUCUGGAACACAACAACUUUGUCUCGAACAAUAAAGGGAGCUGGGGGAAGUAAAAAAAAAGAAAAAAAAGAAAACAAAACAAAAAAACAUCCAACGACCAACACCAGUGAACUUUUUAAAGGGAACAUGGAUGUCACAAGUCCGACCAGAGCAUAAGAAACUUUUUAAAAAGGGAGUAGAGGAUGGCCCGAGGAGAUGUUUUUGCGUAAAAUGCUUUGAAUUUGGGCCGGUUGACUUUAAAGAGACUUGAAACAUGAAGGAAUGCGUUUGAGGAGAAGUUGGGAAUGUGAUAUCAGGACACAAAUUUGGGAUGGCCGUCUUUAGCUUCGGAGUGCCUGUCCGUUUCCAGGGGAUACCGUUGCCAAGGAGAACCCUAGCAACAGUCUUACCUGUCAUUCCUUAGUUGUUUUAGGGACCAAAAGACCAAACGUUUUUAUUGCUGAGAACUUGUAGCUCUAAUAUACUUGGACCACUCCCUCUCCUUCAGUCCGGACGGGAGUCGUACUCUUCAACGAGGGUACGUUUCCGACGUGUGUAUAUACGUAUAUAUUGCCAAUAUGCUUUUGGAAUACACUCUUUCAGACGACCAAACGGGGGUCCGUCACGUUGUUAGUUUGCAAUUAGGUUCGUCUUCUUCUCAUUUUGUCUGGGGAGGGACGGCGAGUGCAUGGGCGGGGCGUCACAGCCUUAUCUUUUUGAACAUCCUAACCUCAUAGAUAGCAACAUCAGAAACUAUAUGACCGUGUUUAUAUUUGCAGUACAUAUAUACCAAGCAUUGGAGAACACGUAUUCAUAUAUACCACAUAUAUAUGGAUAAGCAGAUAUUAACCACAAGCAAAUAUAUGUACUUAUAUAUUUGAUAUAUGUGUGUCUGUAUAUAGAACGCGACAGACUAUGUUGAGCUGGCGUUUUCGGUAGAUUUUAGCUGGGAGUUUUGGAACGUCGCUCUGCUUGGGAUGAAUGGCAAAACUGGCAGCUCCCGAAAAACUGCAGGCAUUCCUACAAGUCCUGGUCAAAAGUUUGGACACACCUUCUCCUCAUUCAUCUUUAUUUCCAUGACUAUUUACAUUGUAGAUUGUCACAUCAAAACUAGGAAUGAACACAUGUGGAGUUAUGGACUUAACAAAAAAAAAAGGGGAAAUAACUGAAAACUAGGGAUGUCCGAUAAUGGCUUUUUGCCGAUAUCCGAUAUUCCGAUAUUGUCCAACUCUUUAAUUACCGAUACCGAUAUCAACCGAUACCGAUACUGAUAUAUACAGUCGUGGAAUUAACACAUUAUUAUGCCUAAUUUGGACAACCAGGUAUAGUGAAGAUAAGGUCCUUUUUUUUUUUUAAAUUAAUAAAAUAAAAUAAGAUAAAUAAAUUAAAAACAUUUUCUUGAAUAAAAAAAGAAAGUAAAACAAUAUAAAAUCAGUUACAUAGAAACUAGUAAUGAAUGAAAAUGAGUAAAAUUAACUGUUAAAGGUUAGUACUAUUAGUGGAGCAGCAGCACGCACAAUCAUGUGUGCUUACGGACUGUAUCCCUUGCAGACUGUAUUGAUAUAUAUUGAUAUAUAAUGUAGGAACCAGAAUAUUAAUAACAGAAAGAAACAACCCUUUUGUGUGAAUGAGUGUAAAUG